GCGCGCAACUUGAUUCAGGAAGUGGCUGUUUUCAUUCCCGUGUCUUGAGUUCGUGUUAGCAAAAGCUUUUCCUUGUUUUGUUUUAACAAUUAGCCUGAAAAUGUCAGGUUGCCCCGAGGUGACGUCGCUCGGGAAGGGAGACAGUUUACAUCAGCAGGUUCUCGCAUCCUUCCCGCUGUGUGACAUGACAGAAGAAGACCUGACCCAAAACCCCCAGUUCUGCAAACUCCUGGCCACCCUGGCGCAACACGUGGACCCAACCGGACUCACCGCGCCCCUGAAAACGGAGCUGGAAAAGGCUGAGCAGAAGCUGCAGAGCCAGAGGUGUCGCUGGCUACGCUCCGAGAGCCUCCACACAGGGCUGCAGGAGAUGAUCCAGGAUCACUGUGUCAGGAAGCACCAUACUACUCUACCCCCAGACCAGAACAUGUUCUUUGAGACGAUGGAGAAGUGUCUGCUGGUGGCUCAGUGCGUCAGGCAGCUGGAUCUCGGCGACGCCUCGGACCAGGACCAGCCCACCGUGCUGGGACUCACCCCUCAACACGUGGUGGACCUCAUGCCGUCGGAGAAAAGCGUGCAGAGGAUGAGGCAGGGUCUGCCCAGACAGCUGGAGAAACACCUCAAGGAAAAGUGCCUGAGCUUCCUCUCUUACUGUCAGCCUGACCAGGAGAAUGGAAGUGAGGCUCUGAAGACCAGCAAGUUGUUUCAUCUGUCAGCUCAGCUGGACAAAGACAAGAAAAGAGCAGAGAGUCUGAAGGCGAGCGCCCAGGAAAACACGGUCCUUCUGCAAAGACAGACACAGCUCUACCUCUCGGAGCUGACCGAGUGCAUCCGUCUUCUCCAGUCUCUCGUCCUGGACCACAGGCUGAAGGUCCAGACGGAAUUAGACAAGAAGAAAUUGGAUUACUUUGAAGGCAAAUGUGAAUUAGUCCUACAGAAGAUAAAGACUGAGAUGGUGGAAAUUCAGCUGGACACGUACACACCCGACUCCAUAGCUGCCCAUAGGAAAAUAAGGGAGAAGCUGGAGUCGGAGCUGAAGUCCUGCAAAGCCGAGAAGCAGUCCGUCGAGUCGAAGCUGGCCUCCUUCGAGAUCCUGGGCAAAGAAUUUGAGGCCCUGGCCGAGGAGUACUGCAGGUUGCGGCAGGAGAUGGAAAUGAAGCACUGGGCUCUGAACGAAUUCGCUCAGUACAGUGACAAGUGAAGAUCGAGUCUGACGGCGAGAGGAGAGCUCAACAUUUCAGUGUUCAUAGUGUAGAACUGCUCAAAAUGAGACUCUAACAUUUAGGUCUUUACAACUUGGGGAUUAAGACUUUUUACCUUUUUAGUAAGAUGCAGUUCUCAGUCUUGUAAGUAGCUUAUGUUAUUGUUUUAUUAUUGUUUCUCAUAUGACGUGAUGUGAAGCAUCUGUUUAGGGACUUGUUUCACCCAGCUGCUUCCCUCGCUAUAUACAUAAAUACACAAUAUUAUUAUGUAAAUAAUAAAAAUGAUGAUGUCUUCAAGGCUCUGGAUGA